AUGGCAGAGAAGAGUAAAAGCCACAAUGGACACAUCUGUGAAAAAUCUUUCCUGGUAGUCAUCCAGGUUGGCCUGCAUUUUGUGAAGCCAUUUUCUCCAGAGUUUGCAUAUGUGUCAAAGCCUAGCCCAGCCCGGCGCGGCGCGGCGCGGCGCGGCUCGGGACAGGACGGGGCGGGGCAGCAGCUCUCGGCCGAGGACGAGCAGCUGGAGCCGGGCGCGAGGCUGGGCGGGGAGGAGGAAGACCGAGGCGGCGGCGGCAGAGGAGGCGGAGACGCUGCCGCGGGGCGAGCCGCCUCCCCCCGUGCCCGGAGCGGGCGGCGGAGGCAGCCGGCAGCAUCCCCGUCCCGCCAUGAGCCGCAGCCUGCCCGCGGGCGGCGGCCUGGGCACGGGCUGAGCCGGGAUGCUGUGAGCCGUGCGCCCGGGCCGGGGAAGAUGCUGGCGGCGGGCGUGCUGGCCGGCUUCUCCGCGCUCAGCCUGCUCGCCUACGGCUACCUGUCGUGGGGCGGCGCGGAGCCCGGCUCGCAGCCCCACCUCGUCUUCAUCCUGGCGGAUGACCAGGGCUUCCGAGACGUGGGCUACCACGGCUCCGAGAUCCGCACGCCCGCGCUGGACCGCCUGGCGGCCGAGGGCGUGAAGCUGGAGAACUACUACGUGCAGCCCAUGUGCACGCCGUCCCGCAGCCAGCUCAUCACCGGCAAGUACCAGAUACACACAGGUCUUCAGCAUUCGAUUAUAAGGCCUACCCAGCCUAACUGCUUACCUCUGGAUAACAUGACACUACCUCAGAAGCUGAAGGAGGUUGGCUACUCAACGCACAUGGUUGGCAAGUGGCACUUGGGAUUUUACCGUAAAGAAUGCAUGCCUACACAGAGAGGAUUUGAUUCCUUUUUUGGAUCACUUUUGGGCAGUGGGGACUAUUAUACUCACUACAAGUGUGAUAGCCCAGGGAUAUGUGGCUAUGACCUGUAUGAAAAUGACAAUGCAGCUUGGGAUCAUGACAAUGGCAUCUACUCAACACAGAUGUACACACAAAAAGUACAACAGAUUUUACAAUCUCAUAAUCCCAAGAAGCCUAUAUUUUUAUAUAUUGCUUAUCAAGCUGUUCACUCCCCAUUACAAGCACCAGGCAAGUAUUUUGAAAAUUACAGAUCAAUAAAUAAUAUAAACAGGCGGAGAUACGCCGCCAUGCUGGCAUGCUUGGAUGAAGCUGUCCACAAUGUGACCCUGGCUUUAAAGAGAUAUGGUUACUAUGACAAUAGUAUUAUCAUUUACUCUUCAGAUAAUGGUGGGCAGCCAAUGGCUGGAGGAAGUAAUUGGCCCCUCAGAGGAAGCAAAGGGACGUAUUGGGAAGGAGGAAUCCGUGCUGUUGGUUUUGUUCAUAGCCCGCUUCUGAAAAACAAGGGGUCUGUGUGCAAGGAGCUCGUGCACAUAACAGACUGGUUCCCUACCCUGAUCACCUUGGCAGAAGGACGGAUCGAUGAGGAUAUCCAGUUAGACGGCUAUGAUAUAUGGGAGACCAUUAGUGAAGGUAGGCGUUCCCCAAGGGUGGAUAUCUUACACAACAUUGAUCCUAUUUACACCAAAGCCAAGAAUGGCUCCUGGACAGCAGGCUUUGGGAUUUGGAACACAGCAAUUCAAUCAGCCAUUAGAGUAAACCAUUGGAAACUACUGACAGGAAAUCCAGGAUACAGUGACUGGGUCCCUCCUCAGGCUUUUAGCAAUGCUGGUCCCAAUCGCUGGCAUAAUGAACGGGUUUCUUGGUCAGCUGGGAAAACAGUGUGGCUUUUUAACAUAACUGCUGACCCAUAUGAAAGAGUGGAUCUUUCUGGAAAAUAUCCUGAGGUAGUAAAGUAUUUGUUGUGGAGACUUUCACAGUUCAAUAAGACUGCAGUUCCCGUUCGAUAUCCACCUAAAGACCCUCGGAGUAAUCCUAAGCUCAAUGGAGGUGUUUGGGGCCCAUGGUUUAAGGACGAUGAGAAGAAAAAGAAACCAGGGAAAAAUAAAAAGGGAGAAAAUAAACAAAAGAAGAAGAAAAACAAAAAAAAAUCAAAUCAGAAAAAAGGGCAGUCCUUAAAUUGCCGCUCCUGGCUUGCUGGUGGAUAGACUUGACUACUGUCUUUGCUCAAACCUAAGUCUGGCUGUUCUUUGUUGAGCUUCUGACAUCCCAUCAAAGUACAAAUGCCAGAUGUGCACUAUGAGUGAAAGCUCUCCUCUUCUGAUUUCUUUUCACAUUUCACUAGCACAAGUUAUCUUGACACUGUACCUGGAGAAUAUAUAAACACCCACAUAAAAAAAACUUUCUUCUCUCCAUUACUAAUAGUGUUUAUCUUUCACAGCUACAUUCCAGAUAACAAUGGAAAUGACUCUCAACUUCAGUAAUUCCAUAGUUGAAGCACACAUAAUGGAAUAAUUCCAUGACUGAACUACUAAAUAUCUCAGUAGUGGUAUGGAAAGGUUAAUGACAGAUUUUUCUCAAGCUGAUAAACAUCAUUUAUAUGGAAAAAUAAAAAAAAGGCCCUGACAAUCAGUGAAGUUUACAGUGGGUUGUAAUCAUCGAGCUGUGAAUUUCUUAUGGAGCGCAGCAGAAGAUUAAGCUACCAGAAUAACCCAAAUAUUGGAGGAGAACAAGCUGCUUUAAAUUACAUUAUUCUGUUCUACAUAAAUGGAAUAAUUUUUUUCUUCCUUCAUUGUGCUAGGCUAUACUUCUUUCUGGUGAAAUCAAAAUGCUGGUAUCCAAAUACACAUGAAAAAACUAGCAUGUGCCUUAUAUUACGUACCAAAGGAUUAGACAGAUAUGGAGUCUUUAAGCACACCACCAAAAUGAAUGUAAUGUUUAAAUACUUAAAUAUCCUGCAGUACCUGAAAAUAAUUUAUUUUUACAGCACAAGUUUGUUAAUUCAUUCGUAUUGAAACAUUUACCAGUGGGUGAUGCAAGUCGCCCUUUUUUGUUUUAUUUUAGCUCUGUCACUAGAAGAGUUUUAUUUAGCUAAUGUAUCCAAAUCUACAGAGUACUGUAAAACCAGAAAAUACUGUAGACACUGCUAGAAUGCAAAAGACGAAUGAUUCGGGUACAUCUUUUUUCUUUAUGUAUUUGCCUCCAGUUAUUUUGAAUGUAUCAAAGUGAUUAUUUUACUUAGUAGUCACUUGGAGUAUGUUGUUCAGUUUCUUUAUAGAAGCUAGACCACCUAUAUUUGUUUUUUGGGAGGGAAAGUCUACUUUAAACCUUUUUAUUUAUGUAUCUAUUAAAAUAGUUUAUUUUUAUGGCA